AGAAUAUGAGAAGGAGGACAGAGGAUAGGAGUCAUGAGCUGGACGCGUCCUUGGUGCGGACUGGACUGGAGCCACAGCCUCUUCUACCUGACUUUACUUCUGUGGACAAGACGCAUGAACGGACUGGCUGAUUUUUCAAACUACCUGUCAAGGAUCAUCACAAGCCACUCUGCUCAUGCCUGCGACGGAGCGCCACUGAGACUCCACUGUCCUCGUCACUCCACCAUCUCCAUCCAGUCAGCCUUCUAUGGGAGCGGCCGGGUCCGGCUGUGCUCAGAGGACCCCCAGUCUGGACCCCAAAACCAAAGCUGCUCAGCUUUAACCGCCCUCCAGAAGCUCCUGUCUGAGUGUCAGAACCACAGAGACUGCCAGCUACCAGUCACUCACCUGCUGUUUGGGAAGGACCCGUGCCCCGGCAAGACCAAGUACCUCCAUGUGGAUUACAAGUGCAAACCCUCUGAACACAAAACACAGGUGGUGUGUGAAGGAGAGAUCAUGUUCUUACGCUGUAAGCCCCCCAAGGCGCUGAUCAUCUAUGCAGCUGUUUAUGGCCGAGGUCUGGGUCAGACUGACGCCUGCCCUUCACUCCGGACGAGACCACCCCCAUUCGAGUGUCUGAACCACGAGGCCGUGCAGGUGGUUUCCAAAUCCUGCUACAGCCGACAGAAAUGCGCCGUUGCUGUUGGCAACCAGACCUUCAGGGACCCCUGCUUUCCAGGAACCAGGAAGUACCUCAGUGUGCUUUAUUCUUGUGUGCCGAAGUCUUUACUGAGAGAAGCAGACCCAAGCAUUCUGAGUACCACCUCACUUCCAAGCACAGAAAAAGAUUCUGUUUCAGAUCUGGAGUCAAGUAGACCAGACAGUUCAGGAGCAAUGAUGAGUAACUCUCUUCUGACCUAUGCCUUCAUCAAAGAACACCCAGAGACGGCGGCGCUGCUCUUCACCUCCAGCGUCUGCAUUGGCCUCCUCUUUACACUGCUGGCUCUAUCUGUCCAAGUGACCUGCCGGGGGCGGCGGCUCAGGGAUCACUGGCUUGCAGCCAAGUCAAACGGAGUGAGUCCCAACUGUUCUGAGCAGUAUUAUGAGGACAAAGCCCAGGAGGACGGCGACAAUGAAGGAACAGAGAGCUUUCUGCUUUCAACUGCCGAGAGGAGGGGGAUCCAAAGCUGGGAGGAAGUGACUUACAUGAGCGAGGCGGCUGAGCUGGCGGAGAGGAUCGAACGCAGAGACAUGAUCAUCCAGGAGAUUUGGAUGAACUCCUACCUGAACGGCAGCUCCUGCUGAACAAUUCAUGUGGAUGCUUGGUCAGAACCACGGAGAGAGAGUAAAAAUCUGGUCUCUAAAAUAUUAUAGUCUUUACAGAGGGAUCAGUAGGUGUAUCCUGCAGCAGAUUUUUGUAUAUAUUUUGCAUUUAUCAGCAAAAGAAGCUGAAAUAGUUUUUACUGUGACA